UUUCAGAAAAUGGACUAUUUCUGUGCCACAGCAGUCAUUCUCUACUCCAUCUACCUUUGUUGUGUCAGAACUCUGGGUCUGAGGCGACCUGGUGUGUCCAGCAUGGUGGGAGUGCUGCUCAUCUUGACCUUUACGUCACAUGUGUCCUACUUGACCUUCGUCAGCUUUGACUAUGGCUACAACAUGGCUGCUAACGUCAGCAUCGGCAUGGUGAACCUGCUGUGGUGGCUGUGUUGGUGCUGGCAGAACCGGCGGACCCUGCCGUACUGGUGGAAGUGUGUUCUGGUGGUGCUGCUGCUCCACGGUCUGGCCCUGCUGGAGCUGCUGGAUUUCCCCCCGCUGCUCUGGGUCUUUGACGCUCAUGCCGUGUGGCACCUCAGCACUGUUCCUGUGCACGUUCUUUUCUACAGUUUCCUGAUCGACGACAGCCUCUACUUACUCAACACAGAGAAGAUGGGUGUCAAAGUGGAGUAGGCGGAGCUUAUCACCUCAUCGCCACGCCUACACCAUCACAGCGCUGUGAUCGGGGCGACAGGACACCAGAACACAGAAGUAGCUCAGCCUCCCAGAUGACAUGCAUGAUGGCAUCAGAUCAGCCUUCGUCUACACGUCUCCUCUUUUUAAAUCUUUAUUUAUUUCCUUUGACUUUUGAUUAUUAUUAUUAUACUUGAGAAUUUAUCACCAUUGAUGCUUGAUCGACUUGACUUUGCCUUGUUGCUGUGUGUGUGUGUGUGUGUGUGUGUGUGAGA